UUAUUAGGAGAAAAGUACAUUCCAAAGCGUUUGUGCCUGUCACUGGACUUUUCCAGACAUUUUCUAAAAUCGUUUGGCGUGAACCGUGACUCUCCUUUAAUGGCAUCUUGUUCACUGCAGAGCACCCAGCCGGCGUACCCUUGGCAGGGCGCGCUCCUGCCGGCUGGUUGUCCGAGGGUGGCGGGUGCCCAGUGUUUGCCGCGCUCUGCCCGGACCCGGUGUGCCAGACUGCCUACCUGGGUCGCUGCCCUGGGCUUAGCGAGGCAGCCCACCUGCCUUCCCGACUCAGGUGGGCUUGGGCGCAUCGGGGGCGUCUGAGCUGGAUCCUUACGGAAUAAAAGCGCCCUCCGGCUCUGCUCACCACUGUGGCCUGGGAGUGUCUGGGCGCCCACUCUGAAGAUGACCCUGCUCUAAUCCACGUGUGUGAAUACCGACCACGGGCGCUGCCCUACACCCACCGAGGGCGCCCUUGGCCCCAGUGCCGCUGCCGCUGCUGCUGCUCUGGGUCUGCGUGCGCGCGUGCGUGAGCGCGUGCAGACCGGGCCCGUGAGACCCGCACCCGGGCGCCCCCGCCACUCAGCGCGUGUCCUCUCGGCCGGCAGCCAGCGGCCAGAUGAGGCCCAGCGUCCUACCGGGUGGGUGUCUGACCUCACCCCGGAGCCGCGUGCGACCAGAGUCCGAGCCAGCGGUGGCUGGCCGGAAGCUUCCGUAGCGGAACCCCAUGAUGUCAGCCGGCCCGGAGCGGCGACCGCGUGGCUGUGGGGAUGGGGCCAAGAACGCCGCGCCGCCGCCCGUGCGCCCCUCGCCCUCCGACGGUGGUGCAGGUGCCAGUCCGGGCCCCGGUUCGCUCGUCCAGUCGCCCGCCGCCGCCGCCGCGUCCCCCGCGCCCUGGCCCGCGCUGCUGCCCGCGGCCCAGCCUCCCGCGAGCCUGUGGCUGGAGCUCGGACCCGCCUGCAUGAGGACGCAGCAAUGCCCCAGCGAGUCGAACGGGCAGACAAGCUGUGACCUCGGCACUAGCAGCAGCAGCGGCGGCGGCAGCAGCGCGGGGUUGUCCCCGGGCUCCGACUCGGACAGCAGCGGCGUGGUAUGCGGUGGCACGCGCGGCGCCCUGUCGCGCUCCUGGAGCCUGGAGAGCCUGCGCUCGGCCACCACCGCCAUCCCUGAUGGAGCUCUGGACAUGGCCGUCUGUGCUGAUGAGACAGGGAGUGAGGAGGACCUAUAUGAGGAUAUGCACAGCUCCAGCCACCACUACAGCCACUCUGGAGGGGGCGGAGAGCAGCUGGCCAUCAAUGAGCUCAUCAGCGAUGGCAGUGUGGUCUGUGCUGAAGCACUCUGGGACCACAUCACCAUGGAUGACCAGGAAUUGGUCUUCAAAGCUGGGGAUGUCAUCGAAGUAAUGGAUGCCACCAACAGAGAGUGGUGGUGGGGCCAUGUCGCUGAUGGUGAGAGCUGGUUUCCAGCCAGCUUCGUGCAGCUGCGGGUGAACCAGGAUAAGCCCUCGGACGAGGCCGGGGAUGGCAGGGCCGAGGACUUUGGGGCCGAGGACUUUGGGGCCGAGGCACAGAGCAGCAGGGACCAGAUGCGUACCAAUGUCAUCAACGAGAUCCUCAGCACCGAAAGGGACUAUAUCAAACACCUGCGCGACAUCUGCGAGGGCUACAUCAGGCAGUGUCGCAAGCGCGCCGACAUGUUCAACGAGGAGCAGCUGCGCACCAUCUUCGGGAACAUCGAGGACAUCUACCGGUGCCAGAAGGCCUUCGUGAAGGCCCUGGAGCGGAAGUUCAACAGGGAGCGACCCCACCUAAGCGAGCUGGGCGCCUGCUUCCUGGAGCACCAAGCCAACUUCCAGAUCUAUUCGGAGUAUUGCAACAACCACCCCAAUGCCUGUGUGGAGCUCUCGAGGCUCAGCAAGCUCAGCAAGUACCUGUACUUCUUUGAGGCCUGCCGGCUGCUGCAGAAGAUGAUUGACAUCUCCCUGGACGGAUUCCUGCUGACGCCUGUGCAGAAGAUCUGCAAGUACCCUCUGCAGCUGGCCGAGCUGCUCAAGUACACUCACCCCCAACACAGGGAUUUCAGGGAUGUGAAAGCUGCCUUACAUGCCAUGAAGAAUGUGGCCCGGCUUAUCAACGAACGGAAACGGAGACUUGAAAACAUUGACAAGAUUGCUCAGUGGCAGAGCUCCAUCGAGGACUGGGAGGGGGAAGAUCUCCUUGUCAGGAGCUCAGAACUCAUCUACUCAGGGGAGCUGACUCGUGUUACACAGCCACAAGCCAAGACCCAGCAGAGGAUGUUUUUUCUCUUUGACCACCAGCUCAUCUACUGUAAAAAGGACCUUCUCCGCCGGGACGUGCUGUACUACAAGGGCCGAGUGGACAUGGAUGGCCUGGAGGUCCUGGACCUAGAGGACAGAAAGGACAGAGACCUCCAUGUGAGCAUCAGGAACGCCUUUCGGCUGCACCAUGGCACCACGGGGGAGAGCCAUCUGCUGUGUGCCCGGAAGCCCGAGCAGAAGCAGCACUGGCUCAAGGCCUUCGCCAGGGAGAGGGAGCAGGUGCAGCUGGACCAUGAGACAGGCUUCUCCAUUACUGAGCUGCAGAGAAAGCAGGCCAUGCUGAAUGCCAGCAAGCAGCAGGCAGCUUGGAAGCCCAAAGCCCUUGGCCGGCCCUACUACCUUAUGCGUCAGAAGCACCCAGUACUGCCUGCCAGCCUGCCCCAGCAACAGGUCUUGGUGCUGGCAGAGCCCAAGCGGAAGACAUCCACUUUCUGGCACAGCAUUAGCCAGCUGGCACCCUUCCACAAGUGAACCUACACCCCCCAACAGCACGUCUGGACCUGUGCUGCCAGCAUGCCUCCAGUUUCCCUCACCAAGGCCCACCCACAGCAUCCGGUCCUUCUCUGCCUGUCCUGCAAACUGGAGAUGAGCAGGGCUGAGUAAGGGAGGGGCUCGCUGGCAGCAGUACAUGCCAGGUUUUGCAGCUCUACUCUUGGUUCUGCCCCACUACCAGUGCACUAAAGACACCGAAUGGACAGGUGGGAAGCCCCACAGCACAGGAACCUUCCGCCACUAUCUCUGGACCUUUGCGGGGCCUCCUGGGAGCCACAGCUCAGAACCACCAGCCAGGCAAAUGUACGUGAGAAAACUGGCCACUUUGGACCCUCUUCUUUGGACAUCAUCCCUCCUCCUCCUCUGUGCAGAAGGCCGACUGCUUUCCACCACUUGGAAAGCUGGGCUGUGUGCCCCUCUACUCUCCAAUUCUCCUUGCAGGCCCCCCAACUGAUAGUGGCAGCUGGCAUACCUGGAGGGUGGGAACCAGGAAUUCUGUGCACAACGUCUGGUCCCAGAGGACCCCAUCUUACCUACUGGUCCCUCUCUAGGUUCUCCUGGCUGUUGGACACCUCACUUGUGAUGUGUUUACCGUGGAAAGAAAGAAUGUAGUCAGCUGCAUG